AUGCCCAAUGGUAAAAGGCCACCAGCCCAAGCGGCGGUCAAGACCAUCUUACCUGACGAAUGCCCAGUUGGGUCGCCAAACACACCAUUCCAAGUAGGGAAUAUGGGAGCAAAGAGGGCAGCAGGAGAGUCGAAGAUCCGGGUUUUGGUUAAAAAAAAGCGAUCGGGUGCUCGGAACGGGCCGAAAAAUGUUCGAAUUAGUGCCAAGAGGAACCUGCCCCAAGCUGGGUAUCCCCCAGAGCUCAGUGCUGACAGCACCAGCAGCCUGAAGUGUGGCACCAAGCAGUCGUGGCGCCGUGAGACUGGUUGGAUAUGCUGGAAGGGCAGAAAUUGCCAGCGCCCUCAGGAGCAACUCCACAGCCUCACGUCGAACAACAACAUCCACCAGGAGAAGGCAAACAACUAG